AUGAAGAAGAAACUGGAAGGAAUCAAAGAAAAUCAAAGUGAUCAGGAUGGUGGUGAAGAUAAUGAUGAAGAUAAACUUAAUGAACAUAGUUUGUGGAAACUAAUUGACAAUCCAGCAAAAAUAAUCAAGCAACCAACAUUCUUGUCAUUAUUAAUUAUGACAAGUUCUCAUGAUAUAUUGGAUAAAAGCAUAAAAAAAUUUGAUAUGGCACAAAGAAAUAAUAUUGAGGAAUUAGGGUUUUUUAACAAAGUAGAAUAG